GGUUGAGUAAGAAGGAAAAUGUCUCGGGCGAGUGACAAAUGUGAUAAAUGACCUAAUAGCCAAAUGUGAGAUUUGCCUUGUGUUGCUGCAAGAGAAGCCGCUAUGAUUGGAGACUAUGAUAGUGACUGUGCCCCACCCUGGCCACCCCAAACAAAAUAUUUUUAGCAUAGUCAGUCACAGGGUGAUGUGUGAAGACUGUGUGAAAGACUUUAGUUUCGGUCUGAACUUCCUCAUGAUACUAAAAGUCUGCAGAGGCCAUUUCUUACUCAGAUCGCCUUAAAUGACUGUCUAUUUGUGAACGUUUUAACCGUGCCAUGGAUCAAAUCUAUGGGAAUGUUGAUGUCCCUGCAGUUGGGAAUUACUCAGGGGAAGAUCCAUCUGAUUAUUAUUCUAAUAUCCCUGAGUCUGGCUCCAGUUUGUCUAAAGCCACAGAUCGUCCGUGCCCAGUGUCUCAACCCCAUGGCAGUGGUGCUGAAGAGAAAGUGUCCACGUCCAGAGUGGUGCCGAUGCUUCCACUGGCUCUUGGCCUCGGCCUGCUCCUCACCCUGCCUGCCCUAAUUGCAGUGGCGCACCUCUAUGUCACUGGACAGGCUAAACUUAAUCUGAUAGAAAACCUGCACAGGAAUUUGUCUGCAACUUUGAAUAUCACUGAUUUAAUUGCAGGUGUAGAGGAACUGCUUGUCAAGAAUGAAGCUUUGCUUACCCGUCAAAUCUCUUUUGAUGCCUCCUCUGGUUGUAGGGUUUGUCCAGAUGCAUGGGCUCACCACAGUGGAAAAUGCUACUUCUUCUCUUCAUCUGGAAAAAACUGGAAACAGAGUCAAGAUUACUGCCUUACAUUAGGGGGCCACCUGGUUAUUGUGAACAAUCAAGAGGAACAGAAUUUUCUGUCCCAAAGUGCCAUUGAGGAUUACUACUGGAUUGGACUGAGUGACCUGGAGACAGAGGGGCAGUGGAUUUGGGUGGACGGCACACCUCUAAAUAAGACUGGAGCAGUAUUCUGGCUCAAAAGACCCAAUGGGAAGGAUGAACCAGACAACUGGAAGGGGGAUGAGCACUGUGGCCUUUUAUACAAAGGAGGAGAUUGGCGUGACGUCUCCUGCAAGGAUCCUCAGAGAUUUGUCUGUGAGGCGAUAGCCACUAACUAGGUUGGACUGUAUUGAAUAUUAAGCAAUUUAGCAGCUAAAUGUAAAUGAUUAUGAAGGAGGUUGUUUCACACUUCAAACUUUUACUUCAAAUAUGAGCUGCACAUCCACAAGUGAAUACUACUGUAUAUUACACUGUCUGAGUACACCUGCCAUACAGUAUCCGCACAAGCACAUUUUAAGUACCUGUAUGAAAUGAAAAUACUUUAUUUCAUAAUUUUGCUUUAUUUGCACAGGUGUUGCUAUGAUUUACUUAGCCACAAUUAAACUUUAUAUGUGCCUGCUUAAAAUAAUGUGUCAAACUGGAAGUGUGAUCUUGAAUACAGUAAAAUCUCUGUAAGCUAUAAUAAAACUGCAAAUGUUUCCA